AUGUUUUCGAGAAAGUCAAAACAAAGCCAUUCAGGAAAUUUUACCCCGAAACCGGAAUCUCUUCCAGAUAUAGCAUUAGCUGCUAUUGUGUCGUACAAGAAGCAGAAAGAUAUCAAUGAUUUCAUUAGUUUCAUUCUGGAAGCAUUAGAGAGAAAUGCCGAUUGGUUGAACGACCUCGUCGGUAAGCAAAACAGUUUCAGAUGCGCCCUUAUGACUGGUUCUGGACCCAAUCGUUUUCAAAUCCAACAAAUCAUUUAUCCAUCAUCAGAAAAUGAAGUUAAAUUUCAAAUAGAAUGCAAAGACUCAGAAGAUUACGACAAAGUUGCAAUUGCUGCGCUCAUAAAACUUAACAACGCGAAUAUGGAACGCAUGAUGAAGUAUACCAAAAGUCGUUUCUUUGAAAAUUCUUUAAUAAAGGAGGAGCUGAUAAAAGGCAAGAUGUUAGGAAUAAACUAUGCAGUCUUGCGAUCAUUAUCCGAUAAGCAAUAUCGAUUAUUCGAGAGAAUUGUUAUUGGAAGUUCAUCAAAAUGUAUUUCACCUGUUAAAAGGCGCCUGGAAGACAAAUCGAUGACUAGAAAUCCGUUAAAAAGAGUUAAAAAACUCGCUUAUUAA